CUUCUCCCUACCCAAAAAUAGUCCUGUCAGAAAGUACUUAAUGAGUUCGUUGGUCUGCAGUUUGCCUCGAUUCCAAAUACCAACAGCCACGAACUAUCAAUUACUUGCAGUCAUUACCGACCCAUACUCUAACCUUGUCUGUGCCCAUAAUGUCGCUAGAACAAGUGUCAGGUGGAGGCACCGAGGGUGACUUCCAGCACCCCAAUGAGAACCUUCGUCGGUCUACCAUUAUUGCACUUUAUUUUGCCUUUAUUAUGUCCACGGUUGCCGUGGCCCUACGUCUUCUCGCGAGAAAGAUCACUGGGUCGCGGCUGUACUUGGAUGACUAUCUUAUGAUAAUAGCUUUGCUCUUCAAAUAUGGCUGUUCGAUCGGUGUCACAAUCCUUCUAUGGAACGGCCUCGGAUGUCACAUAAACAUGAUCCCGCAAAAGAACCUGACGGUUUACUUUAAGAUCGGAUGGUCCAACUCCUUCGUUUACACUCUCUGCGUCAUGUUCAUCAAGCUGUCUAUCUUGGCAGUCUACAAGAGGCUAUUUGCUGCUAGAAGCAUGAAAAUCGCAGCCAACAUCGUUUCCGUAAUUGUUGUUCUCUGGGCCGUGAGCAUCAGCAUCGGCGGUGUCCUGAACUGUGUGCCUGUUCAGAAAUUCUGGGAUCGCCCGGUCCCGGGACACUGCGUCAACACCGUGGGCUACUACUACGGCCAGCAGAUCCCCAACAUUCUCACGGACGUUGUUCUGCUCAUUAUGCCGCUGAAAAGCGUCUGGGAACUACCCAUCUCCAAGACUCAGCGGUUGUUGCUGUCGGGAGUAUUCCUGGUCGGAAUUCUGACCCUGAUCUUCGACAUCUUGCGCCUGGUCGCAAUGAUCCAGCUGACACAAGCCGGUCCAGAUAUCACCUACAACCAAGUCCCCGUCGUCGUCUGGACAUGCAUGGAGGCAGCAGUAGGAAUCACAGCAGCAUGCAUGUCUCACAUCCGGCCACUAUUCAACGUCAAGCUCUGGUCUCGACUCCGGUACUCCGACCAGGAGCCUGGAAAGGGAUCAACCAACUCGUCGGAAGAGGGCUUCUCUUCUUCCGACCGAACCCUCUUUGAUCCCUGCGGAACCCAGACCACCAUUUCCGCUGGCCAUGAGGUGCAUGCUGAGCAUGAGAAGCCUUGAGGUAGUUACUCCUAACUACUGCUGUCCAGCAAUGUCAAAAUCUAAGUCUUAUUGUCAUGUGUGAGGAUCAACGUGGUGGUCAUGUAAUGGCUCUAAUCUUUUCUGCAUGUCUUAUGUUACGAUUGAGGAAUCUUUAUAAUAUUCGUG